AUGUCUAUCACUCACGAUCGUUCCGCUCUCGAACUCCGCCCUGAAGGGCAUCCUGAUCGCUCGGAAUCUUUGUGUAACCUUACACUAUCUCUUCAUACGCGAUAUGAGCGAUGGGCAUACAUAGAAGAUUUAGAAGAGGCUAUAUUGUUGCACCGAGACGCUCUGGAGCUUCGCCCUGACGGCCAUUCUAAGCGUUAUGUCCCUCUCGGUAGCCUUGCAAAUUCCCUACGUUGUCGAUACCAGCAGAACGGAAAGGCGGAGGACCUUGAGGAGGCCAUCGAAUUACAACGAGCAGGCCUGGAAAGUCUUCCUGAUGGACAUCCGGAUCAGGACCUUGAGGAGGCUAUCGAACUGCAUCGAGACUCACUGAAAUUUCGCCCCGAAGGCCAUCCUGAUCGCGCUAUUUCUCUCAGCAACCUUGCAACUUCCGUGCAUAUUCGAUUCUCGCUGUACGGAAGGACUGAGGAUUUUGAAGAAGCUAUUAGAUUGCACAGCGCCGCGCUAGAGCUCCGCCCUGAUAGACAUCCCGAUCGUUCUAUUUCCCUUGGCAACCUUGCAACUGCGUUGUGUAAUCGAUACGAGCAAUGCGGGAGGACUGAAGAUCUUGAGGAGGCCAUUCGACUGAACCAAGCCGCCCUCGAGCUUCACCCGGGAAGCCAUCCUCUCCGCGCAAAAUCUCUCGGUAGUCUUUCGAGUUGCCUAAGUGCUCGAUAUAAACAGCAUGGGAAGACCGAGGACCUCGAAAGGGCCAUUGAGCUAGAACGUACUGCUCUAGAACUUCGCCCCGAAGGCCAUCCUCUCCUUCCAUCACACUUGGCAACCUCGCAAAUUCUCUAUGCUCCCGAUAUAGGCAGCACGGAAGACCUGAAGACCUUGAAGAGGCCAUCAAGCUGGAGCAAGCUGCACUGGAGCUUCGCCCUGAAGUACCGACAACAUGGAGGGAGUGAGGGUCUUGGGGAGGCCAUCAAGCUGCAUCGAUCUGCUCUGGAGCUUCGCCCGGAGAACCAUCCUAGUCGUUCUAUUUCUCUCGGCAACCUCGCUAAUCCCCUGCACACUAGAUACACAGUGCAUGGCAGGACCGCGGAUCUUGAGGAGGCCAUCGAGUUGGGCCGAUCUGCUCUGGUGCUUCGCCCCAAAGGCCACCCCCUCCGUUCUACCGCUCUUAGCAACCUUGCAAGUUCUCUGCGCACUCAAUGGGAGGUGCGUGGAAGGACCGAAGAUCUUGAGGAGGUCGUCGAGUUGGAACGAGCUUCUCUAGCGCUUCUUCAGGAAGGUCAUCCUGAUCGUUCUGUCACUCUCUGCAACCUCGCAUUUUCCCUUCGCACCCAAUUUGAGCAGAAUGGAAGGAUUGCAUACCUCGAGGAAGCUAUCAAGCUAGAUCGGAAGGCUCUGGAACUUUGCUCCGAAGGCCACUAUCAAUCUAGGCCCGAGGAUCUCGAAGAAGUUAUCGAGUUGAACCGAGCAUCUUUGGAGCUUCGCUCCGGCGGCCAUCCCGAUCAUUCUGUCUCACUUUGCAACCUUGCAAGUUCCUUGUACACACGAUACGAGCAGAAUGGGAGGACUAAGGGCCUCGAGGAGGCUAUCGAGUUGGACCGAACCGCUCUUGAGCUUCUCCCCCAAGGCCACCCUGAUCGUUCUAUUUCCCUCGGAAACCUUGCGAAUUCCCUGCACUCUCGAUACAAGCAGUAUGGAAUGGAUGAGGACCUCGAAGAAUCCAUUGAAUUGAAUCGAGCUGCACUGGAACUUCGACCCGAAGGCCGCCCUAAACGUCCUUCCUCUCUCAGUAACCUCGCAAAUGCCCUGUGCACCCGAUAUAAACAGCGUGGAAGGGCUGAGGACAUUGAGGAGGCUAUUGAGUUAGAACGCGCUGCUCUGGAACUACGACCCGAGGGUUAUUCUCAUCACUCAGCCUGUCUCGCCAACCUUGCAGGUUCACUGCACAUACGAUAUCAACGUUAUGGUAGGACGGCAGACAUCGAGGAGGCACUCCAGUUGGGACGAGCUGCUCUAAAGCUUCGUCCUGAAGGUCAUCCGAGUCGCUCCGUAUCACUGUGUAACCUUGCAAACUCUUUAUACGCGCAAAUUAAACAACAAUUACACGCAAACGAAUUCGAAGAAUGUAUGCAAUUGCUUGAGCUCGCUACUACUCAUAAGUUCUCCAGAUUAAUGGAGCGCCUCAUUGCCGCGCGAACAUGGGUUCUACUUGCGCGAUUGCACAAUCACCCAACCAGCUCAGUAGCUUACAAAGAGAUUAUCUCGAUACUUCAGCAUGCUCUCACCAUAAAUCCGACUCUCCAUGAGCAACAUGACUUCCUUCUCAGGAGUGGCGAUUACAGGAUGCUCACCAUGGACGAAGCUUCUCUCUCAGUAGAGAAAAACGAAUUGAAAACAGCGAUAGAGUUGCUUGAGCAAGGAAGAGGUUUACUCUGGUCGCAGUUGCGCGGCUUCAGGACUCCUUUGGAUCAACUAUCAGGUACGAACAAAGAGCUCGCCGAUAGAUUCAAGGACGCCAGUACUCGGCUGGAGAAUCUGGCAACAUCACAUGAAGCGUUAAUGUCUGGCUCGAUCGUGAAUCGGGGAAGAUCCGUCGCAAUAGAUGGGCGGACCGAAGGGAAAUCAUUCGACCAGCUGCUGAAGUUAAAGAGGCAGCUUUCGAAUGAGCAAGAGGUUAUCAUUCACGAGAUUCGCCGAGUUGCAGGGUUUGAGAACUUCCUUAGAGCUACGCCAUUCAUGGCACUGCAGCGGGCAGCUUUGGAGGGUCCAGUCAUUGUGGUCAAUCACAGCACUGAUGACUUAUCGAUUGACUGUGUCCCGCUGGACGAUGAGUUUUAUGAUGAUAGUGUCAGGUUGUGUAACGAGCUCGUGGAAACACGCGAAAGGUUCCACGCUGACUCGCUGGAAUAUGACGAAAAACUGUGCGAAACAAUGGCGAUGCUAUGGGACAGAGUCGUCUCCAAAGUUGUCAUCCAACUGAAGGAGCGCAAGGUUGUCGAAGGAAGUCGCAUCUGGUGGUGUCCGACUUUAACAUUGUCUGUGCUUCCGUUCCACGCCGCCGGACCGUUUUUGGAUGCAGAUGGUAACACGAAACAUUUAUUGGAUGAUUAUGUCUCUUCGUACACUCCGACGCUUGGAGCCCUCAUCAAUGCACGAUUAGACGGCGCCGAGAAAGAACCGACAAUACUUGUCAUUGGUGACUUGACGGAUGAUUCCGGACUUGUUUCAGCUAAGCGAGAGAUACACAACAUCGGAAAUAGUGGGAUGAAGAACAAAAAGUUACUUAUCACCAACGAGCAGAAAGUGUCCCCUGAUAGAGUGAUCCGAGCCCUUCAGAAAACGACAUGGAUCCAUUUCCCGGAAUUCGCAUUUCUUUCUGCUUGCCAUACCGCAGAACAGCCUCACAAUGGUGCGCACGACGAAGUGCUUCACCUUGCGGCGGCGAUGCAAUUUUCUGGUUUUCGAAGUGUAAUUGGCACAAUGUGGGCGUUGCUUGAUGAGGAUGGGCCCGCGUUUGCUAAGACUGUUUAUGCGUACAUAAACGACUGUGAGGAGGGUGAGGCAAAGUAUAAGAGGGCAGCUGGAGGACUUCGUCAAGCGGCUUCGGAGCUGAAAGCGCGGAAUGCCAUCUCAACUGAACAAUGGGUUAAUUUCGUGCAUAUAGGUGCUUGAGUAAUGACGCAGUAAGCUCCUCAAUGUGUUGUACUACAGUC